CAGCAUGUUCUCUUGCCGUCUCAAGCAGCAAGCUGGAAACCUUAAAAUCUCAAGUCUGAAGAUAAGAACAGUAAGAUAAGGGUGUUUAAGGGGUUGUUUUAAGCUGGUCUUCAGAUUGUCGGUUGGAGAGGCCCUCCUGCCUGAUUCCACGGCAGCACCAUGCAGUUCUGGAGCCUUCUCAGCUGUGCACAGGGAGAUAUUUCAAGAAUAUCACAAUACUACUCAGAAUAUGACGGACACCUAGCACCCACUAAAGGGAUGGCGGCGGCUUACCUGGACCCCAACCUGAACCAUGCGCUGUGUUCAGGGGUCAAGCCCCGGCUCAGUGCAGGGAUGGAGCGGCCUGCGGGGGCGCUGGAGCGGGUGCUCAAGGUCUUCCACUACUUUGAGAGCAGCAGCGAGCCGUGCACCUGGGCCAGCAACAUCCGCCACGGCGACGCCACCGACAUCAGGGGGGUCAUCCAGAAGAUCCUGGACAUCCACAAGGUGAAGUGCGUCUCCUGCUUCGGCCUGCGCCUCAGCCACCUCAAGACGGGCGAGGUCCACUGGCUGCACCCUGACCUGGGCGUGUCCCACGUGCGGGAGCGCUACGAGCGCAUGCACCCCCAGGAGGAGUGCAGGUAUGAGCUGCGGAUACGCUACUUGCCCAAAGGAUUCCUGAACCAGUUCACAGAAGACCAGCCCACGCUCAACUACUUCUAUCACCAGGUUAAAAGUGACUAUAUCAUGGAAACAGGGGAUCAGGUAGAUCAGGACAUUGCACUUAAACUGGGCUGUCUUGAGAUCAGGAGGUUUUUUCGGGACAUGAGAGGGAAUGCACUGGACAAGAAGUCCAAUUAUGAAUUAUUAGAAAAGGACGUGGGACUGAGAAGAUUCUUCCCCAAGGGGCUGCUGGAGUCUGUCAAGGCAAAAACACUGCGCAAGUUGAUCCAGCAGACCUUCAAACAGUUUGCCAAUCUCAACGAUGCACAGUGCAUCCUCAAGUUCUUUGAGAUCCUUUCGCCAAUCCACAGAUUUGACAAAGAAUGUUUGAAGUGUGCUCUGGGGUCCAGCUGGGUCAUAUCAGUGGAGCUGGUCAUCGGCCCUGAGGAGGGCAUCAGUUACCUCACAGACAAGGGCUCCACUCCCACACACCUGGCCAACUUCACGCAGGUGCAGAGCAUCCAGUACUCGGGCCUGGAGGAGCGCGAGAGGAAGGGCAUGCUGCUGCUGGACGUGGCCGGUGCCCCAGAGCCUCUGACGAUCAUCACGUCGUGUCUGACCACAGCGGAGAACCUGGCUGACCUGAUCGAUGGCUACUGCCGCCUGGUCCACGGGGCGUCGCGGUCCUUCAUCGUCCGAGUGCACAAAGAGGGAGAGAGAGCCCUGCCCUCCAUUCCCAAAUCCACCGCAAAAGUGUCCAACCAUGACAAGCGCUUAGAGGGGGUCAGGACGAGGGCCAUCUCCGUCUCAGAGGACAUAAGCGGGGACGAAACGGAUGACUACGCUGAGAUCAUAGAUGAGGAGGACACCUACACCAUGCCAUCCAAGUACUAUGGAUUAGAUGAAGCCCGAGAUUAUGAGAUCCAGAGGGACCGGAUCGAGCUGGGCCGCUGCAUUGGGGAGGGUCAGUUUGGAGACGUCCACCAAGGAGUAUACCUCAGCACGGAGAACCCUGCGCUGGCGGUAGCCAUUAAGACGUGCAAGAACUGCACCUCAGACAGCGUGCGGGAGAAGUUCCUGCAGGAGGCCUUGACCAUGCGGCAGUUUGAUCACCCCCACAUUGUGAAGCUGAUUGGCGUGAUCACAGAGACUCCUGUGUGGAUCAUCAUGGAGCUGUGUACCCUGGGUGAGCUCCGCUCCUUCCUCCAGGUCAGGAAGUACAACCUGGACCUGGCCUCACUCAUCCUCUUCUCCUACCAGCUCAGCGCCGCGCUGGCCUACCUGGAGAGCAAGCGCUUUGUACAUAGAGAUAUAGCUGCUAGAAAUGUCCUGGUGUCCAACAUGGAUUGUGUGAAGCUGGGAGACUUUGGCCUGUCAAGAUACAUGGAGGAUAGUUCAUAUUAUAAAGCUUCUAAAGGGAAACUUCCAAUUAAAUGGAUGGCACCAGAAUCCAUAAACUUCAGACGUUUUACCUCAGCCAGUGACGUGUGGAUGUUUGGUGUCUGCAUGUGGGAGAUCCUCAUGUAUGGGGUUAAGCCCUUCCAGGGGGUGAAGAACAAUGACGUCAUCGGCCGUAUCGAAAAUGGCGAACGGCUAGCCAUGCCCCACAACUGCCCCCCUACCCUCUACAGCCUGAUGACCAAGUGCUGGGCCUACGACCCCAGCAAGAGACCUCGCUUCACCGAGCUCAAGGCUCAGCUCUGCACCAUCCUGGCCGAGGAGAAGGCCCAGCAAGAGGAGCGCAACCGCAUGGAGAUGAGGCGGCAGGUGACCGUGUCCUGGGACUCGGGAGGGUCCGACGAGGCGCCGCCCAAAGUUUGGCCUCGAGACGCUGUCUAUGAACGGGUGUUUCAGCCCAGCAGGCCUGGUUACCCCAGCCCCCGCUCCAGUGAAGGAUUCUACCCCAGCCCCCAGCACAUGGGCCAGCACAACCACUACCCGAUGUCCGGUUACCCCGGCGCUCACGGAGUCCCACACAUGCACAGUGGAGGGUACCCGCCUCAGGCGUCCGGUCUGGACACGCACGACGGCUGGAACCAUCACAGACCCCCGCAGGAGGUGCCCAUGUGGUCGCCCAAAAUGGAGGAGGGCGGUGCUCUGGACAUGCGGGGUCUGGGGCAGGGCCUCCCUCAGCACCUGAUGGAGGAGCAGCUGAUGCUGCAGCAGCAGCAGAUGGAGGAGGACCAGCGCUGGCUGGAGCAGGAGGAGCGCUUCCUGAAGCCCGACUCAAGGGCCAGCAUCGACAGAGAAGACUGCAGUCACCAGGGUCCAACAGGAAACCAGCACAUCUACCAGCCUGUAGGCAUUAGCAAACCAGAGCAUGCAGCUCCACCCAAGAAGCCCCCACGGCCUGGAGCCCCCAGUCACCUGGGGAGUGUGGCCAGUCUCAACCCAGUGGACAGCUACAACGAGGGGGUGAAGAUCCAGCCUCAGGAGAUCAACCCUCCUCCCACGGCCAAUCUGGACCGCUCCAAUGAUAAGGUGUAUGAGAAUGUGACGGGGCUGGUCAAGGCGGUCAUCGAGAUGUCCAGUAAGAUCCAGCCUGCUCCUCCGGAGGAGUACGUGCCCAUGGUUAAGGAAGUGGGUUUAGCUCUGAGAACGCUCCUGGCUACUGUUGAUGAGACGAUCCCCACACUCCCAGCUAGCACACAUCGAGAGAUUGAGAUGGCCCAGAAGCUGCUCAACUCCGACCUGGCGGAGCUGAUCAACAAGAUGAAGCUGGCGCAGCAGUACGUCAUGACCAGCCUGCAGCAGGACUACAAGAAGCAGAUGCUGACGGCCGCGCACGCCCUGGCCGUGGACGCCAAGAACCUCCUGGACGUCAUCGACCAGGCGCGCCUCAAGUUGAUGGGCCAGCCGCGGCCCCUCUAGGACUGACCUGUUCGCUGAAGGGUCGCAGGCCCACAAGGGGGACGGGCAGCCUGUUCUUGGUGGACAGAGCCUGGCACUGAAGCGGGCAGGUGGCCACCCUCCCCCAGACGGCCUCACACCAGCAUGUAGGACUCCACAUGGGAUCCUUGAGAAAGAGGAAACGCGGAGAUACACGACUUCCAACAAACUAACUACUGACUGACUCCUCUGCCACACCAGAUGAACAGACUUCUGGCUGAUGGCAAGGCUGCUGUAAUCUAUGUGUGUGUGUGUGUGUGUGUGUAAGCGUGUGCGUGUGUAUAUAAGCAUGUAUGUAUGUAUGUAUGUAUGUAUGUAUGUAUUGGUGUAUGCGUGUAUGCGUGUGUGUGUGUGUGUGUGUGUGUGUGUGUGUCUGUGCGUGUGUGUGUGUGUGUGUGUGUACUUUGGUUGUGUUGCUCAAAGGCCAAGUGCCAUUCCGGAGUUAAAAUGUUUCAUCACCUGGAUCAGGGUGAAGGAGCCUGAAUGGAUUAACUGGAACGUUUGCACUGAUCACCCGGUGAAACUCUGAGACUCCCACUCACACUGUCAGUAUCAGUCACCUGUCAGCGUGUGUCCAUGUCAGCUCAAAGCCAGACAGACCUGGCCAUCUCCAAACCUACUAAAGCAACUGAGUAAAUAAAUCCAUCACAAAGUAAUGAAGGAUGUACUGAAUUCUGAUUGUUUUAACUUCGAGAUAAAUGCAUUUGAACAGUG